UCAGACUCGGGGGAGACAGUAAGCGCAAGCUCUCCGCGGAUCUAGCCAGACUAGAAAGUACACCGAUUGAGUCCCGCUAGACUACUCUGCCAGAUUUACUUCCACCUUGGGGCCAACGGUCUAGCCUUCUCUCUUCUUCCCUCCAUCCUCCCAUCUUCCUCAUUCUCUCCGGGUCUCCCCACUCCGUGCGCAGUGGUUUGGCCCAUCGGUCUGCUUUCCUUCCGCUGGCGUCUGGACCCCGCUGUGCGAGCUCAGCCAGAUGUGGGCCAGUGGCCCACGUUCCCCGGGUCUGAGGUACGAGCACCGGGAGCACUAGCCGGUGUCUUCUACAAGGGCUGCCAGGCACAAUGAAGGUUCUCUUACUGAAAGAUGCCAAGGAUGAUGACAGUGGCCAGGAUCCAUAUAUCCAGGAACUGCGAUUGUGUGGCCUGGAAGGUACACUGAUUCCUGUUCUGUCAUUUGAGUUUAUGUCUCUCCCCAGUUUGUCAGAAAAGCUGUCUCAUCCUGAAGCCUUUGGAGGACUCAUUUUCACCAGCCCCAGGGCAGUGGAAGCAGUGAAGCUGUGUUUGGAGAAGGACAAUAAAACUGAAGCCUGGGAGAAGUCUCUGAAAGACAGAUGGAAUGGCAAGUCUGUGUAUGUGGUUGGAAGUGCCACCGCUUCUCUAGUGAAUAAAAUUGGCCUGGAUGCAGAAGGAGCGGGCAGUGGAAAUGCAGAAAAGCUUGCUGAAUAUAUUUGCUCAAAGCCAUCUUCAGAACUGCCUCUUCUCUUUCCCUGUGGAACUAUCAAAGGAGAUACUCUUCCAAAAAUGCUCAAGGACAAAGGGAUUCCCUUGGAAAGCAUGCAUGUCUAUCAGACAGUUCCACACCCUGGAAUUCAAGGGAGCCUGAAGAGCUACUAUGAAGAUCAGGGUAUCCCAGCCAGCAUCACAUUUUUCAGUCCUUCCGGCCUUAAAUACAGCCUCGAGUAUAUUCAGGAGUUAUCUGGUGGCAGCUUUGAUCAGAUUAAGUUUGUAGCAAUUGGCCCCAGUACAACUCGUGCUAUGGCUGCCAAGGGCCUGCCUGUGAGCUGCACUGCAGAAAGCCCCACACCACAAGCCCUGGCUUCUGGCAUCAGGAAAGUGCUGAAGCCAAACAGCUGCUGCUAAGUGAGGUCUGUGUCGAGCCAGCUCCUUCCCUGUGUGUGAGACAGCUCACUGCUGCCUCUAGGAUAGAACCCAGAAUCACAAUGGAGCCCUGGAGAAGAUGCCCAUGAGCAUGUCACCGUCCUCCAUGGAGUCCAACUUGGAACCUAGGCCACGUUCACUGACCAUUAGACCCGGGAAGAAAGAGCUGAACUUCCUGUGCCUAGAAAGAAGGAAAUGAAAUGGACCACAUGGUGAUGUGUGCUUGCUGCCCACUCUUUUACAAACUGUAUUUCUUUUAUGUGUAUCGGUGUCUUGUCUGCAUAUACAUCUGUGUACCAUGUACAUACCCAGCCCUGGAGAAGCAAAGCGAGGGUGGCAAAUCCCCUAGAACUGGAGUUAGAGACAGCUGUGAGUCACCAUCUGGGUACUGGGACUUGAACCCAGGUCCUCCGAAAGAAUAAGUCCUCUCAACCACUGAGCCAUCACUCCAGCCUGCUGUUACAUGUGGUUCUUGGUGCAAAGUGGUAUUCUGGGUCAACAGAACAUCAUAGUCUCUCUGAUGCUGACCUGGUAAGAAUGACAAAUGGCUAUGUAGGAAGUAGAUUUAAUCAUCAUACAAAAUAAAUAAAAUAAGACUGAGCCAAGCAUGGUAGCACACUCAUCAACCCAUCACUGCAGGAAUAGAGACAGCAGUCAUGAAUUUAAGGUCAGCCAGGACACCAUACACUAUCUAAAAAUUAAAAAAAAAAAAAAGACUUAAAAGUUCUGAAUUUUU